AUGUCAUCAUCAAAACGCAUGCUAAAAACGCUAACAUACGAGGAAAAAGGGCCAGUGAUAUGGGAAGUUGAAAAUGGAUUUAAAACAAAGUCUUUGAUAGCUAAAGAAUUUGGUAUUCCACCAAACACUAUGUCAACUUAUCUUAAAAAUAAAGAAACAAUUUUAAAUAAGUUGGAACGCUGCAUUCAACAGCAACAUUCAAACAAAAAUAAAUACCUUUUUAAAUAA